UCACAGUUGUUUGCUCAUGCACACUGCCCUGGUAUGGUACGUUUAUGUUCAUUAUCUGUACUGUACAUGUGAUUUCGAUGCCCCAAGCAAAGUUGGAUCCACUCGUCCUGCAUGCGAUAGUCUAAUAACUUAACGAAACAAGAAAAAAUCUCGAAUAAGAUUUAAAAAAUGUCUUCUGCGAAGAGACAGAAGGUGGAACCUUCAUGGAAAGACAGUGUAACCAAGAAAGGUGAAUUUAAACGCCAUGCAUCGGUGUUCCGAAACUGGAUAACAGCCGACGGGGAAUUUCAGCCGGAGUCGGGCCGCUACCACCUCUACGUUUCCCUCGCCUGCCCGUGGGCCCACCGUACACUGAUCUACCGCAAACUGAAGGGACUGGAGGAUGUCAUUGGAGUCACUGUGGUGGACUGGUUGCUCGGAGAUAAAGGGUGGUUUUUCUCUGAAGAUAAACCAAAGACGUCACUCGAUACUGUGAACAACUGUAAAUGUUUGAGGGAAGUUUAUGAAAUGGCUAGCCCUGACUACUCGGGACGUGUGUCGGUGCCAGUCCUGUGGGAUAAGAAAAACAAGACCAUCGUCAACAACGAGUCCUCUGAAAUCAUACGCAUGCUCAACAAUGAAUUCAAUUCCUUCUCGACCACCAAGGAACAACAAGAAUUGGAUCUCUGCUCUCCAGAUCUUUUGAAAGAUAUUGAUGAAAUCAACUCCUGGAUCUACGAGAACAUCAACAAUGGUGUUUACCGAUGCGGGUUUGCAACAAGUCAGGAAGCUUACGAUGAAGCUGCCGUCAAGCUCUUUGCCGCCCUUGAUAGAGCCGAAGAAGUGCUGUCUAAAUCCCGUUACCUUUGUGGAGAUAAGAUGACAGAAGCCGACAUUCGACUCUUCACCACUCUCAUAAGGUUCGAUACGGUCUACGCCCACCAUUUCAAGUGUAACAAGAAGCGGAUCGUUGACUACCCGAAUCUUUGGGGUUUCACCAGGGAUAUCUACCAGACUCCAGGAGUAAGUGAGACUGUAGAUCAAGAACACAUCCAGAAGCACUACCAAGUGAGCCAUAAUAGCAUCAACCCACAUCGCAUUGUGGCCAUCGGUCCAGAUAUUGACUUCAAUAGUCCUCACGGCAGAGAUGUCCAAUUCCAGAAAUAGGUCGAGCACGUUUUCACAUAAUGUUUGUACUUUAUCAUCUUGAGAUUGUCUUCAAAAGUGCAGACCAUGAUCAGACUUAAUUAAUGGUGACAGUACUUACAGACAUUUUGAUCAUUCAAUAAGAGACUUAUUUGCUAUAUGAUGUAUAUACUUGGUGUUCGAUUUUUGUUUAAAAAACAUAGUUAUGUUUCUAUAUAAUCAUGUCAUACAUUUUAUAUCAUAAUAAAGAUAAUAAUGAAGUUAUAAUACCAACAUGAUUUAUAGGAUCGCAAGGAGAAGAUAGCCUUUAAUGUAAAACAAGUCUCAUUCUGAAAUUUAGACUGGCACACUUAUAUGAAUUGAAGAGUAUAAUGUCUACUCUAUCAGCAGUGUAUAGCUUUUAAUAUUUGAUCUUUAUAUGAUGCUGUGCGUUGUAUAGUAACCAUGGAAAUUACUAUUGGAUGUCAAAGUUACCUUGAUAUUAUAAAUUUACUAUUAUUAUUAUUGUAAUUAUUAUUAUCAUUAUUAUUAUCAUUAUUAUUUAUACAACGGGGCACUAUAUCGUCAUUAGUUAUGUGUUUAAAAUCUAGAAUUUGAAAAGAUCUUGUUUAGUGUGAGUCUAUUAUUGCAUUGAUUCCAUUGAAUGCAUUACAUUGAAAUAUUUGUUGUUUAUUUUGUUUCCGAAGGUAAAAGAUACUAUAAUAUAAAUAUUAUACUUGCGUCGUUUAAACCGCCUCCAAAAUAGAGGUUAAAGUGAAUAAUGCCUUUAAUCAUAUUCAUUAUCACAUGCACGAUGAUUCUGCAACUUUGAAACAAAUGUCCAAUAUCAGGGGAGCGUUUCAUGAAAGGACUUGUCGGACGUUUUAUCCGACAGCUACUAUGGUAACGGUGACUCUCAGCCAAUCAUUAUCAAGGAAAGUUGUAAGAUCUGACAACUUGUCGGACGAAAAUGUUGAUGAAAUGCUCCCCAGGACGAAUCGAUAUGCAUGUACACCCGAGUAGACCUCUAUCAGAACUGAUGGUGCAAAUAAAAUAUUUGUACAUUCCAUCCAUUGAUAUCAUUGUACUGUCAAAUUCAAAGUGCACACAUAUUACUAACGUUACGUUACUGUUUCAGAUAAGCCAUCUAGGGGACAUGUUGUUUAUAUAAAAUUGGUGUAUGAUUAGUAUUUGAUAACAUUAAUAACGGAAUCCUUGAUUGUGAUUUGCUAUUGAACAUAAUUACCAUGAUAGUUGCCAUUGGGUGGUAUUGCAAGAAGGUUUGAAAUUAGAUUGUUGCCACAAAGGUUUUUUUUUUUUUUUUUUGCUUGCAGCGGGCCCGGAUCUCUUUCAAUAAUUAUUUUUAUACGGAAUUUGAAAUGAAUUUGAAACGUUAAGAAUGGAAUUGCUAAAGAAUAAAAUACCUCAGUAUGAAACGGAAA